CAGGAGAAGGAUUUUUACGCUGUUCUACAGAGAUUAGCUCCAAACCUGUGAAAUCGACCAGAGCUGUGUGAUUACCAGGGCUUGAGAGAGGACUCCCGAAGAAAAAGAGAAAUAAAUCAAACAGCCUGUCAGUCCCUUUGGCCACGUCGGAAGAUGUCAUCUCAAACUAAGUUCAAGAAAGACAAAGAGAUCAUUGCCGAAUAUGAAGCCCAAAUAAAAGAGAUCCGCACGCAGCUGGUCGAGCAGUUCAAAUGCCUGGAGCAGCAGUCAGAGUCGCGGCUGCAGCUGCUUCAAGAUCUCCAGGAGUUCUUCCGCAGGAAGGCUGAGAUUGAGCUUGAGUACUCCCGCAGCCUGGAGAAGCUGGCCGAGCGGUUCUCUUCCAAAAUCCGCAGCUCCCGGGAGCACCAGUUCAAGAAGGACCAAUACCUCCUCUCACCUGUGAACUGUUGGUAUCUGGUCCUGCAUCAGACCCGGCGGGAGAGCCGAGACCAUGCCACCCUCAAUGACAUCUUCAUGAAUAAUGUCAUCGUCCGCCUUUCCCAGAUCAGCGAGGAUGUUAUCAGACUUUUCAAAAAGAGUAAGGAGAUUGGCCUGCAGAUGCAUGAGGAGCUCCUGAAGGUGACCAAUGAGCUCUACACAGUCAUGAAAACCUACCACAUGUACCAUGCGGAGAGCAUUAGUGCAGAAAGCAAGCUAAAGGAAGCUGAGAAGCAGGAGGAGAAGCAGUUUAACAAGUCAGGAGAUCUCAGCAUGAACCUCCUUCGGCACGAGGACCGGCCCCAGCGUCGCAGCUCUGUGAAGAAGAUUGAGAAGAUGAAGGAGAAGAGGCAGGCAAAGUAUUCUGAGAACAAGCUGAAAUGCACAAAGGCCCGGAACGACUACCUGCUGAACCUGGCAGCCACCAACGCAGCUAUAAGCAAAUACUACAUCCAUGAUGUCUCUGAUCUGAUUGAUUGCUGUGAUUUGGGCUUUCAUGCCAGCCUGGCCCGCACCUUCCGGACAUACCUCUCAGCUGAGUACAACUUGGAGACCUCACGCCAUGAAGGGCUGGAUGUGAUCGAGAAUGCCGUGGACAGUCUGGACUCCCGGAGCGACAAGCACACCGUCAUGGACAUGUGCAACCAGGUCUUCUGCCCUCCGCUCAAGUUUGAGUUCCAGCCCCACAUGGGGGAUGAGGUGUGCCAGGUCAGCGCACAGCAGCCUGUGCAGACGGAGCUGCUCAUGCGGUACCACCAGCUGCAGUCCAGACUGGCCACUCUCAAGAUUGAAAAUGAGGAGGUUAGAAAAACCUUGGAUGCCACCAUGCAGACUUUACAGGACAUGCUGACGGUGGAGGACUUUGAUGUCUCUGACGCCUUCCAACACAGCCGAUCCACAGAGUCAGUGAAGUCGGCCGCGUCAGAGACCUACAUGAGCAAGAUCAACAUUGCCAAGAGGAGGGCCAACCAGCAGGAGACAGAGAUGUUUUAUUUUACAAAAUUUAAAGAAUAUGUGAAUGGCAGUAACCUCAUCACCAAGCUACAGGCCAAGCACGACUUACUCAAGCAGACACUUGGAGAAGGGGAGAGAGCAGAAUGUGGCACCACCAGGCCCCCCUGCCUUCCCCCUAAACCACAGAAAAUGAGGAGACCUAGGCCUCUUUCAGUGUGUAGCCAUAAACUCUUUAACGGCAGUAUGGAAACGUUCAUUAAGGAUUCAGGACAAGCUAUACCACUUGUAGUUGAGAGCUGCAUCCGAUACAUCAAUUUAUAUGGACUCCAGCAGCAGGGGAUCUUCAGAGUGCCUGGAUCUCAGGUCGAAGUGAAUGACAUCAAGAAUUCUUUUGAGAGAGGUGAAGACCCCCUUGUGGACGAUCAAAAUGAGCGAGAUAUCAAUUCAGUCGCUGGUGUUUUAAAACUGUAUUUCCGAGGACUGGAAAAUCCACUCUUUCCUAAGGAAAGGUUUCAAGAUUUGAUAUCUACUAUUAAACUGGAGAACCCAGCAGAGAGGGUGCACCAGAUCCAACAGAUCCUCAUUACCCUCCCCCGCGUGGUCAUCGUGGUCAUGAGAUACCUCUUCGCUUUCCUCAACCACCUCUCCCAGUACAGUGACGAGAACAUGAUGGACCCCUACAACCUGGCCAUCUGCUUCGGGCCCACCCUCAUGCACAUCCCUGAUGGGCAGGACCCUGUGUCCUGCCAGGCCCAUGUCAACGAAGUCAUCAAAACCAUCAUCGUCCAUCAUGAAGCCAUCUUCCCUAGUCCCCGGGAGCUAGAGGGACCUGUGUAUGAAAAAUGCAUGGCUGGAGGGGAAGAAUAUUGUGACAGUCCACACAGUGAGCCAGGGACCAUCGAUGAAGUUGACCAUGACAAUGGCACGGAGCCUCACACUAGUGAUGAAGAAGUGGAGCAGAUCGAGGCCAUUGCCAAGUUUGACUAUGUAGGGCGGUCGCCACGCGAGCUGUCCUUCAAGAAGGGAGCCUCGCUGCUCCUGUAUCACCGCGCCUCAGAAGACUGGUGGGAGGGCCGUCACAAUGGCGUCGAUGGACUCAUCCCUCACCAGUACAUAGUUGUACAGGACAUGGAUGAUGCCUUCUCUGACAGCCUGAGCCAGAAGGCUGACAGCGAGGCCAGCAGCGGGCCACUGCUGGACGACAAGGCCUCCUCCAAGAACGACCUCCAGUCCCCCACGGAGCACAUCUCGGAUUAUGGCUUUGGGGGGGUGAUGGGCCGAGUGCGGUUACGAUCUGAUGGAGCGGCCAUCCCCAGGCGCAGAAGCGGGGGCGACACGCACAGCCCACCCCGGGGCCUGGGCCCCAGCAUAGACACGCCACCCCGGGCCGCCGCCUGCCCCAGCAGCCCCCACAAAAUCCCUCUUACCCGGGGGAGGAUCGAGAGCCCUGAGAAGAGGAGAAUGGCGACGUUUGGGAGUGCUGGCAGCAUCAACUACCCCGACAAGAAGGCGCUCUCAGAAGGGCACUCCGUGAGGUCCACCUGCGGCUCCACCAGACACAGCAGCCUGGGGGACCACAAGUCCCUUGAGGCUGAGGCCCUGGCAGAAGACAUCGAGAAGACCAUGAGCACGGCUCUCCACGAGUUGCGGGAACUCGAGAGGCAGAACACGGUCAAGCAAGCGCCAGAUGUGGUGCUGGACACGUUGGAGCCCAUGAAGAACCCUCCAGGCCCCAUCAGCUCAGAGCCCGCCAGCCCCCUGCACACCAUCGUCAUCCGAGACCCGGAUGCCGCCAUGCGCCGCAGCAGCAGUUCCUCCACCGAGAUGAUGACCACCUUCAAGCCAGCUCUGUCCGCCCGCCUGGCUGGCGCCCAGCUGCGUCCGCCCCCGAUGCGGCCUGUGCGGCCCGUGGUCCAGCAUCGGUCCAGCAGCAGCAGCAGUUCCGGGGUGGGCAGCCCUGCUGUGACGCCCACGGAGAAGAUGUUCCCCAACAGCUCCACAGACAAGUCGGGCACCAUGUGACCUGCUGGGUGGGUGGCACCAGCGCGGCCCACUGUGGCCCGCCAUGGCCUAGCCUGGCCUCGGUGGCUUCUACUUGCUUCCCAGUGAUGCUGGCCUUGUGAGGCAGAGCUUGGAGGGUCAGCUGGGAGAGAGUAUGUGUCUGUGGAGAGCAGAGGCCCAGGCGCUACUGCGCUCACGCUUGGCCAUGCGAAUCCCACAGACCUGUGUGCAGACAGACACCCCGGGGAGUGCUGCAGCAAGAGCCUGAGUUCAGUGUCUCCCCAAAGUGAGGCAAGAUGCCAAGUGGCUUCUCCCGCAUAUCGUCACUGGAAAAUGAUCCUCGACAUCCUCUCUACAUACGUAUAUAUGUGUGUGUGUAUAUAUGUGUAUAUAUAUAUACGCAUAGACAUGUAUGUAUGUGUAGGUGUCUGUGUAUAUAUAAAUAUUUAUGCAUCUCUAUACAUACUAGAUCUGGACUUACAUGUUAAAUGUAUAUAGGAUCUCCUUUUUCUUUUUAUGAAACUUAGAUUUACCUCAGACCCAUGCCACCUGACAUCUCCCGCUGAGUUAUUUGGUGGGAUUUGCAGGGACUUCUCUGGGAGAACUUAAGAGGCCCCACAGUAACUGCAAAUGAAGCAAUAUACCACUCACCUGCAGAAAAACAGUCUCCCACUGUCUCCAGAAGUCGUGGCCUUCCAGAACAGUCUGCCCCUAAAGGCAGGGUGGGGCAGGCAGUACCCCAAGCAGGCGGGGAACCCUUCAGAGAAAACCCUCCGUCCACCCCAGAGACCCUGCCCUUCCAUCCGGAGGCCCAAGGCCAACUGUACCCCCCAAAGGCACGGGAGGAAGUUGGCAAGAAGAUCCCUGA